AGGCGAGCUUUUUGAGACCUCCCCCGGCUGCGAUCGGCUAUUCUCGUCUACUUUCGAGGCGAGCCGCAACGCGUCUCAAACAAGCCUAAUAUCUGAGAGGGGUGUGUACUUUUACUGAUGCAUUGAUGUCAUCGGCCAACAGUAGCAGCCAACAGAUCAGCCACGUGUGCUUAUUAUCACUACCCGAUCCGUACCCUAUCACACAACCUGUGCUUCACCUAUAGGCUGUAUGAAGUGGGUCCUCAAAGACGCCUCUAUCCAACACACUGGACGAUCACCAGCUAAUCUCCUACACCGGUUGUCAUUCAUUUAUCUCACUCUGGGAAUACUUUACGAGACCAUCUUUCGGGUGUGUUUGCCACAGAAGAGAUUGUGGAAUGCUGCUAAACGAGACUCCAAUUUUUGAGCCCUCCCUCCUCCAGGAGCUGGACUGGAGUAGCAACACUGUCCCUUUCUCUCCCCCCAUCUCUCCCUCCAGCCCGGGGGAGGGCCUGGUGCUGAGGCCCCUCUGCACGGCAGACUUCCACAGGGGAUUCUUCAAAGUUUUAUCUCAACUCACCACAACGGGGGACGUCACACCAGAGCAGUUCACGAAAAAGUUUGAUCAUAUGAAGAAGUCAGGAGACUACUACGUCGUUGUGGUGGAGGACACAAACCUGAGACAGAUCGUUGCCACAGCCACCUUGAUCACAGAACAUAAAUUCAUCCACUCCUGUGCUAAGAGAGGCCGGGUGGAGGAAGUAGUAGUCAGUGACGUGUGCAGAGGGAAGCAGCUGGGUAAACUGUUGGUUUCAGCUCUUACUCUUCUCAGCAAAAAACUGGAAUGCUACAAAAUCACACUUGAAUGUUCACCCACCAAUGUGGCUUUCUACCAAAAGUUUGGCUACACCGCAUCGCACGAGACUUACAUGCAGUGUCGAUUUCCCAACUAAGGACAGCAGCAGCUUUAAACCUCCGUUUUUGGAGGGGAUGGACCACACCUUUAUCUACUCGCUGAAACAUCAAAACAAAAUGUCUUAAGAAUUAGGAGAGCUGGCCAUGGAUGAGUCAGUGGUUGUGAUCCUGAACUCAACACUGAGUAAACAUAAAUGGACGUUGAAGCCGUAUGGUACAACAGCAUCCUCCACCCCUUUGGUAACCAUAGCUACCCAUAGCUACCUCACCAGAGUGGAGCUCUGCCAUCAUCUUCCUCCAACAUCCGAAGAAACGAAUGUCAGUUACUCUAAAUGUCUUCUCGUUGUGUUUCUAACAAUAAGUUGUUUUCUGGGAACUUACUAAGAAAAUAAUGAUCUUUAUGACUUAUCCAAUUGCCAGUAAAUACAAUUGCUUAGGAUUUAUAGAUGACAUUUAAGUUGUUACUUUUUAUAAUAUGUUCUUUGGUACAAAGUGCUCUAUAUGCUUGACAGUACUGUUGCUGGAUAACUAAUGAAGGUUUUAACACUACAAGACAUGAAUCAGUAAUAUCAAGACUGUUAGUGUAAUGUAUAAUAUUUCUAGUGAAAAAAAAGGUUUAUAUUUUGUGCAUCAGUGGUGAGGAAUUAACAUUUUGUAUUUGGCCGACAUUUGAAUUUUGAUCCCAGGUGUGAUAGGAACAUGUGAAAGAAACAUUUUGUGAUGAGAAAUGGAUAAAAAAUGAUUUUUAUUAAUGGACUAUUAUUUAAGUUGUAUAAUUAUGCUGUUAUUCUGGAGUACAGUAAAGUUAAAGUAAUUUAUUUUCCAAAUAUGAAAUAAUCACAUAAAAUAUUCUAUGAUCUGUGUUUGUUUUCCUAUUUUUCUACUAAUUCAAAUGUACACACAUUUGUUUUAUAUGAAUGUCUUCUUAUAGUUGUGGCAAAGUAUUUCAAUCUAUAUAUCAAAUGGAUCUCUAAGCCUUGCAAAGAAUUUAGAAAUAAAAAGCAACUCGACCAUG